AGUAUCUGUCCAAAGAUCAUUAUAGUUCCACCUUGCUCAACAAGCAGCGCAACCACACUGGUUGACCAGAAUGUAUCUGAUGAAGAGGCUCAGGGAAUAAAUGGAAAAACGCCAGCAAAACACUCAGCUGCAAGUCCAAAGCCACAAGUGCCUCCAAAGCCAUUACAUCUGCAGAAUUCACCUUCGUCCAAUAUACACCAAACCCCCAGGCAUAAAGCUUUACCUAGUGCAAAACCAAGGAUGGAGGAAGUUAAACCUGCCUCUGCUUCUUGUGUCUCAAAAGAAAAACCCAGUAAGGUAUCAGAUCUCAUCAGUCGCUUUGAAGGAGGCAGCUCAUUAUCAAAUUACAGUGAUUUGAGGAUUGCUCCGAGAACCCCCGGAAGGUAUGGAUUGAUGACCACACCUCAGCAAAAACACCUCUCACAGCAUCCACUACGGAAACAGGGAGAUGACACAGAUUUUGGCACAGAUCCAACUCAGGGUGAACAGACUUGUGUGACCAAUGGUGUAAUGGCAGCACAGAACCAGAUGGAAUGUGAGGAGGAUAAAGUGGCUCCUCUUAGCCCAGAUAGUUCUAUUCAAACUUCUGAACCAUUCCUUGAUACUAACUUGGUGAAUGGAGAGAGUGAAGAAACUGCUACAGGCCCUACAGCACCCUCAACAAAUAACUGUGAUGGAAAUGCUUCUGACAGAAAUUGCAGGACUCCUAGUAUAAACCCCACGCUCACACUGGAAGAAGAAAAGGCAGACGCAGAAGCCAAAGUCCAAGAGAGGGAAAACGGAGAAUGCCCUCAGAAACUGGAACAGCUGGAUCAGCACCAUGAGAUGAAGGAAACUAAUGAGCAAAAACUUCACAAAAUAGCCAAUGAACUUUUGCUUACAGAAAGAGCUUAUGUCAACCGGCUUGACCUAUUAGAUCAGGUAUUUUAUAGCAAACUGUUGGAAGAAGCAAACCGAGGCUCAUUUCCAGCAGAGAUGGUGAAUAAAAUCUUUUCUAAUAUUUCAUCAAUAAAUGCCUUCCAUAGUAAAUUCCUAUUGCCAGAGCUGGAGAAACGAAUGCAAGAAUGGGAAACCACCCCUAGAAUUGGUGACAUCCUUCAGAAAUUGGCGCCUUUCCUUAAGAUGUAUGGAGAAUAUGUGAAAGGAUUUGAUAAUGCAAUGGAAUUAGUUAAAAACAUGACAGAACGUAUCCCCCAAUUCAAAUCAGUGGUUGAAGAAAUUCAGAAACAGAAGAUCUGUGGGAGUUUGACUUUGCAGCAUCAUAUGCUAGAACCUGUUCAGCGGAUACCCCGGUAUGAGCUUCUCCUUAAGGAUUACCUAAGACAGUUGCCACCUGACUCUCUGGACUGGAAUGAUGCUAAAAAAUCACUUGAAAUAAUAUCCACGGCAGCAAGCCAUUCUAACAGUGCAAUAAGAAAAAUGGAGAAUCUAAAGAAACUCAUAGAGAUAUAUGAAAUGUUGGGAGAAGAGGAAGACAUUGUAAAUCCUUCAAAUGAACUAAUAAAAGAAGGUCAGAUCCUCAAACUAGCUGCUCGGAACACAUCAGCACAAGAACGUUACCUUUUCUUAUUUAACAACACGUUGCUGUACUGUGUGCCCAGAUUCAGCUUGGUGGGAUCUAAAUUCACAGUUCGGACUAAGGUUGGCAUUGAUGGAAUGAAAAUUGUAGAGACUCACAAUGAAGAAUAUCCGCACACUUUUCAGGUGUCUGGGAAAGAGAGAACGCUGGAAUUGCAGGCCAGUUCUGAGCAAGACAAAGAAGAAUGGAUCAAGGCCCUUCAAGUGACUAUUGAUACUUUCCAUCAAAGGCAUGAAACCUUCAGAAAUGCAAUUGCAAAGGAUAAUGAUAUUCACUCAGAGGUUUCUACUGCUGAGCUAGGAAAAAGAGCCCCAAGAUGGAUCCGAGACAAUGAAGUCACAAUGUGUAUGAAAUGCAAAGAGUCUUUCAAUGCACUGACAAGGAGAAGGCAUCAUUGUCGAGCAUGUGGACAUGUGGUUUGUUGGAAGUGUUCCGAUUACAAAGCGCAACUUGAGUAUGAUGGUGGGAAAUUGAGCAAAGUUUGUAAAGACUGCUAUCAAAUAAUAAGUGGAUUCACCGAGAGUGAAGAAAAGAAAAGGAAGGGAAUUUUAGAGACUGAAUCAGCAGAAGUAUCUGGAAAUAGCAUGGUGUGCAGCUUUCUGCAGUACAUGGAAAAGUCAAAACCUUGGCAGAAAGCUUGGUGUGUGAUCCCCAAGCAAGACCCCCUUGUGCUAUACAUGUACGGUGCCCCACAGGAUGUCAGAGCCCAGGCCACCAUUCCACUUCUGGGCUACACUGUGGAUGACAUGCCAAGAAGUGCUGACCUCCCACACAGCUUCAAACUGACUCAGUCCAAGUCUGUGCACAGCUUUGCUGCAGACAGUGAGGAACUGAAACAGAAGUGGCUGAAAAUCAUUCUCUUAGCUGUCACAGGUGAGACACCAGAUGGCCCAAAUGAGCAUCCAGCCACCUUGGACGAUCAUGUUGAACCUAAGAAAAAAUCUGAAUGCUGA